CAGUCAUCUUGCCCCUAUAGGUGUAUAUCUGACAAGUUCAGAAUGCCAAACUGCUAUACACCACUGGAGGAGUUGAUGUACACAUUUGGGGGACCCUGGCCCUUUGCACUUCUGUUGUCAUGUGUUGUGGUGCUCUUAGCUCUAUUAUUGAGUACCUUGAGAAUCAAAUUGAUUGGAGCAGGAUGUACUUGUAAAACAGCAAACUCAAAUGAACGACACAACCGUCAUCAUUUGCCUCAUCUUCUUUCUCUUUCAGAGGUCCGGGGAACAAGAGCUGAAGAGACUCAAAGCCAUGUUCACAGGAUGUACUUUAUGGGCCCCAAUACGUUCAGAGAACCCUGGCAUCUUCCUUAUACACCUCCCAAUGCAAUUAUUGAGAUUGUGUAUGAAGAUGCUUUUAACAGAUUCAUAGAUGAGAUCAAUUCUGUAGCUGCAUAUGAUUGGUGGGAAGGAUCAGUGCACAGCAUACUUUCAGUACUUGCAUAUCCUUGUGCCUGGUCCUGGAAACAGUGGCGUAGGAGAAAUAAAAUCCAUUGCCUUCAGGAGUACGUCAAGUCUGAAUAUGAUCAUUCUUGUCUGCGCUCCUGCCGUUCUCGUGCUUUAUACAAAGGGAUGAAGGUUGGAGCGAUGCCGGACUUGAUGGUUGCAUAUAUUGAUUUUUUCCUUGGUGGUGAUGAGAAGCGUUUAGACAUGGUAACAAUCAUACAGAAGAGAUUUCCCAUGUGCAUAAUUUUUGGCGGGGAUGGAAGCUACAUGUCAUCCUAUAAUCUUCACAGUGAUACCUUGUUGACAAACCUUCUUGGCCAGCAUGUGCCCGCAACUGUCUGGAAUCGUCUGGUGGCUGGUUUGAAUGCCCAGUUGAGGACGGUGAGGCAUGGAUCGAUUCGUUCUGAUCUAAUUCCUGUUAUAAAUUGGAUAAGAAGCCAUGGAAACCCCCAACUUGAGUUUCAUGGGGUUAAAAUUGAGCUCGGGUGGUUCCAAGCCACCGCUAGUGGUUACUACCAGCUUGGUAUCUUGGUAUUGGUUGGUGAUUAUUCUCUCCAGGAUCUCCACCGGUCUGAUUUGUUUGAGAGCAGUGAUGAGUUCCCGAGGAAAACUGCUAAGGUUGCACAAAAAAACUUCAAGCAGCCACAGCAGAGUCAGCCAUUCAUGAGUCAGGCAUUAUCUUGCAAAAGGAUUACACGUGGAGUUAAUGGUGGUCUUAUAAAUGAUGCUACCUUGAAAUCAUUGGAUUUUAGGAAGGACUAUUUUUUCCCACUUUCUCUGUUGUUGCACAACACCAGACCAGUUGGCCGCCUGGACACCAUUCAGCUGCUGAUCUCUAUCAUGCUUCUGGCCGACCUUUCUGUCACCCUCCUUUCAUUGCUUUUGUUCUAUUGGAUGUCACUUGGGGCUUUUUUGGCUGUUUUGCUUAUCCUUCCUCUAUCGUUGCUUUCUCCCUUCCCGGCAGGCUUGAAUGCCUUAUUUAGUAAAGGUCCCAGGAGAGCUUCACUUGCUCGCAUCUAUUCAUUGUGGAAUGCUACCUCUCUAUCAAACAUUGCGGUGGCUUUCAUUUGUGGUAUAAUUCAUUAUGGAUUUUUCUCUCUGCAGCCUCCUGAAGAGGGAGAAACUAUGUGGAACUCUACAAGGGAGGAUGAUAAAUGGUGGCUUUUGCCUACCAUCCUGCUGCUAUUCAAGUCGAUACAAGCUCGGUUUGUUGACUGGCACAUAGCAAAUCUAGAAGUUGAAGAUUUUUCUCUGUUCAGUCUGGAUCCUGAUAAUUUUUGGGCAUACGAGUCUACUUCAUAG